CCAAGGGCAGCAGACCUGCCUGCACUUGAAAAGAAAAGAAAGUGCAAAGAAGGUGCUUCCCUCUGUUGGCUCAUCUCCACCGUACCUCUCUCCCAUUCUGCUUCCUUCUCAUGCUCCCCAAGUGAAGAUGAGCAGCCCCCUGCGAAUAUGACGUCUCUGACUAGUGUCAUUGCCUCCCACCAGUCCGAGUGGGUGUCCUUCACUGAUGAACUGCUUCUCCCUGUUAACCCACGAGGUAGAACUGAGGAGCCUCUGGAGAGAUGUUUUUCUUCCUCAGACACCUCCUCAGAAGAGAACCACAACGUGGAUGGAGAAUUUCAAGACCUCUCCCACACAGAGCUGGAAAAUGCAGCUGACCGCCCCAAGGGGGAUUCUGCUGUGCUUGGCAACCAUGUGUGUCCCAGUGCUGAUCUGUCGUCAUCCAUCAGUGCUUGGGUUCAGUUUGAAGAUGCACCGUGGACCACUGCUACAUCGACCCACCCACAAGCAGUGUCUCCAUCAAAAGCACCCAGCUGGACUUCCCCCUCUUCCAACUCUUCUGAGAGGCGAGCCCAUGCCUCGGAGAGCAGCAGCUGGACAACCAACUCGGAGGACACCAGCAGCCCAAGCAUCGCUCCCUCCUACACAGAUCUGCAGUCAGUUAAUACCGAGGACUUGACCAGUGGUGGAACAUCUGCAGCAGAUUCAGCUGACAAUUCAUCAUCUCUCCAGGAAGAUGAAGAGGUAGAUAUGGAGGCUGUCAACUGGCAGCCAAACAACACUUCCAUGAAUGGGCAUUCAUCUACCCCAACCACAGUUCGCUUUCCCAGCUGGGUGACUUUUGAUGACAAUGAAGUCAGUUUUUCACCGCAGAACCUGUCUCCCUUGAAAACAGACACCCCACCUGCAGAAACACCGACUCCAGAUGUUAACUUUAACCUCACUACAUCCUUUAAGAAAAGAGAACGUCCUAAAAGCACAUUGGGUGACCUCUCCAAAAUUAAAAAACUAGAUCUCUCGUCCUUAACCAAGUUGCCUUCUGUUGAAACACCACCAUGGAGUGCUACUAAUCCCUUCCUGGAUGAAUCUCUGCGAGAUGUCCAACCCUCACCCAUCAAUCCAUUCAGUUCAUUCUUCGAGGAGCGAGACAGGCGUUCCAAAAGUUCUUCUGUCUCCAGCGCUCCAGGCAAAAGCCAAAGAGACUCUCUCAUUAUUCUCCAUCAAGAGCCUGACACCAUCAGUUUCCAUGAGGCAAACAAAAGCGUAACCCACACAGAUGCCGUAGAACAGCUCAAGCAGCUCCAGAUUGGAGACCCAGAUCGUGUGAGCAGCCCUACCUUGCCUGAUGAUGACCCCACGAUGCCGUGUGAUCUGGAUGCAGCCUUAUUUAACCUGGCACCAGCUCAGCCAAAGGAUGGAUGGCCAAUGAUGCUCAGGAUCCCAGAGAAGAAGAAUAUUAUGUCAUCCAGGCACUGGGGACCAAUAUACGUCAAGCUGACGGACAGUGGAUGUAUACAGCUUUUUUAUGAGAAAGGACUGGAGAAGCCUUUCCGGGAAUUCAAACUUGAAAUCAAUCAUGAGAUUUCAGAGCGCAAACUGCAGAACUAUGAUGAGAACGGGAGGAUACACAGCGUGCGGUUGGACCGCACAACCUACAAGGAGAAGAAGAAGUAUCAGCCUAAGCCAGCCAUUGCUCACACAGCAGAAAGAGAGCAAAUUAUCAAGCUUGGGACUACAGAUUAUGAAGACUUCCUUAGCUUCAUCAGUGCUGUGCAAGACACGCUGAUGAACUUGCCAGCCUCAUCAACAGAUCUGAGCACGGUGGGACUAAACUAUCAAGAAGAAGAAAUCACGGUUGAUGUCAGGGACGAGUUUCAUGGUAUCUUGGCCAAAGGAGACAGUGCGAUUCUCCAGCACAGUGUGCUGACCCAUAUCUAUGUUCUCAGCUUCCUUUCUGGCCUGGCAGAAUGCAGGCUGGGCCUUAAUGAUAUCCUGAUCAAAGGGAACGAAAUCGUUGCAAGGCAGGAUAUUAUGCCCACUACUACCACUAAGUGGAUUAAAUUAUACAGCUGUCGGUUCCACUCGUGUGUGGAUGAGGAUGUGUUUAAUAACUCCCGUGUUAUCCUCUUCAACCCCCUGGAUGCCUGCCGCUUUGAGCUGAUGCGAUUCAGAACUGUCUUUGCCGAGAAAACUUUGCCUUUUACUCUGAGGACGGCUGCCAGCAUCAACGGUGCUGAGGUGGAGGUGCAGAGCUGGCUGAUGAUGUCCACUGGCUUCUCUUCCAACCGUGACCCUUUAACUCAGGUCCCUUGUGAAAAUGUGAUGAUCCGUUACCCAGUGCCAAAGGAGUGGGUGAAGAACUUCCGCAGGGAGAGCGUCCUGGGGGAGAAAUCUUUGAAAGCCAAGGUGAACAAGGGGGCUGCUUUUGGAUCAACCAGUCUGUCUGGUUCUGAGCCAGUAAUGAGAGUGACUUUGGGAACUGCCAAAUACGAGCAUGCCUUUAAUUCCAUCGUAUGGAGAAUAAACCGACUGCCUGACAAAAACUCAGCUUCUGGCCAUCCUCACUGCUUCUUCUGUCACCUAGAGCUUGGCUCUGACCGGGAAGUGCCUUCCAGUUUUGUCCGCUACGUAGAUGUGGAAUUUGACAUGCCCACCACUUCUGCCUCCAAAGCCACCGUUCGGUCCAUCUCUGUUGAGGACAAGACCGACGUGAGGAAGUGGGUCAACUAUUCAGCACACUACAGUUACAAGGUCGAAAUAGAGCAGAAGAAAAGCUUGAAUGAGGAUCUGAAGGGAGAAGAUGCUGCAAAUGUCAAUGAAUGUGCUACGCAGUGAAGGAAGCUCAGUCUGCAGGUCACAAGAGGGGUUGUCAAAUUAACAACCUGGAAGAAAGGACUUGCAGGGUUUUGGUUAUUUUUCUUUAAGAAGUAUGGAGUACUACUCUUAAAAUAAUGCUCUGAAGGGUGUUAUUUUUCCUUGUGAUGAUCCAUACUUUGAGAAGAAGCUCGCCAGUGAUUUGUUUGGAGCGGACCCAUGGGCUUUUGCUGGAAUGAUUUAAGUACAGUUAGUAUAGACAGAAUGACUGGUAUCACAGUCAAGCCUGCCUUUUCUGCCUCUUCACUGUCCAGGUUCUGCACUGAAGUACGGUCUGGCACCAUCACAGCCAGACCAGAAAGCAGCCUUUAUCUCACUGACAAUCUUGCCCUCCUAUGUUAAGCAUUUUUUUUUUGUAUUCCUGUUGAUUUGGUCAUCGGCAGAUCCGCUGAGCUGCCAAAUGAAACUCAGGGAGUGGUAAGUGAAAAAUGAUACAAAAUCUCUUUUCUGAAGUGGUCCACGGAGUGAAACCCCUGAGCCUCAAUCUGGAGAAUCAACAGACUCUGCAUCUUCAGCAUAGUAGAUGGGCAAGCAGAUGAACUACAGACAGGACAGCUAAUUAUGUAGCUGUUCUUCUAAUCACCCUCUUCUGUCUCAUCCUCUGAACGACAACAUGUCACUGUGCACAUUUUCAUGGCGUCUGCACAAGUUACAUGAAAGCCUCUGCAGUUUCUUAAAAUUUGUAUUUGUUAGUCUGGGCUGUUCUGUUAUCUUGACUGAACAUGGUUAUAGCUGCUAGUAACAGGGAAUGUGUCUUACAAUAGAGCCGAUCCAGGAGGGACUUUGCUAAGAUUAGAUCAUUCCUGCCUAGAAAGAUAUUUAAGGGAAAAACAUUGGGGUUUGGAUCUGGGUGGUUUGGGGGGUUUUUUUGUGUUUUCUUGGAUGGGUAAGGUGGAUGGUUAUUGAAAAUGCCAGAACAUGAUUACUUUAACAGACACUGUCGUUUGCCUUCCUGAAACUCCUUGGAGUGUCCUUGCUUGCAGUGCAAUAUUACUUUCAUGUUCUAUCUUGAACAUACAACACGUCAGUUGUAUCUUUACAAAACCCCCACUAACUGGGACCCAAAAUCUUUUUUUGAAAAUUAAAAACAAGCUUCCCAUCAUGGAUAUUUUUCAAUCUCUAUUUAGCUGUAAGUAACAGCAAGUCUUAAUUCUUAUUUCUAAAUAAAAAUGCAGAAGGCAAAAAUCACUCCUUCAUAUAUAUGUUCAGAUAAAACAGUGUUCAAAAUACAUUUUUUUGUAGUUGUUUCCAUGGCUUGCAUAAUAUUUUUUCUCAAUGUAAUUUUAAAUGUCAGAAAAGUAAUUUAUUAAAUCAUUUCUCUUUUGAAAGGUUACUGCUGACUUUAAAAUCACGUUUGGAAAGCCUUAGCAAUGUAAUUUAAAAUCAUAAUGAAUUAAAAUGAAAGAUUUCUUAUAAAUUUAUAGAUUUAUUUUAGUUUGCAUUUCAUAUAACAGAAAAUUCCUACUUUCACUGUGACUCCUGUAAAAAUCACUACAGUGUUAAGAUCCCAAAUAAAACAUGAGAUUAAUUAUAGCGGUAGAAUUUAAAACAAAUUAUAAUUUGUUGAACUUCUGACCUUCUGCCUUUUUAUACGCAUCUAAAUUCCAGGCCUAGAUCAACCUAGUGGUUUAUAUUUACACAGUACACAACUGUAAAUAUGUAAAGUCUCAGUCCUUGGAGGAGUUCUUAGCACACAAAUAAUCCUGUACUGGAGGUGGUCCCACCAGGCGCCCCUCGCUCAGAACACACAGGUUAGUCCUAAGCAUUUGCAGCAGCUCUCGGUGCAUGGAAGAAUGCUGUUAACUUUUACAAAGCAUUCUGAGAUCAGUGGAUUAAAAUGACUGAUCAAGCACAAAGAAUCAUUAUUUAUGAAGGAAUAACUGGUGUAGGUUGGGAAAUCUCUGAGAGCAGGGGCUGAAUUCAUGGCUGAUUCUCAGCUCCGUGACAGGCUGGCUGUGAUGAGUUGCGUGGCAGCUCCUGUCUACAAAAUUCCCUCUGCUUUUCAAAGGCAUUCAAAGGACUCCUGGGUGUUUCCCCUGUUUUUCACUGCAGCUCCUGAAACUGUACAGUUUCUGAAAAGGACCAGCAAGAAAUCCAGCAAAACCAAGCAGAAGGAGCGCUGAGAUGUUGCUGAGCAAGUGUGAGAAUGUUGUGUGAAAGCAACAGGUGGGAGAGUCCCUGCUCUCACCCGCGGUGUCUGAAGUUUUGCCUGUUGCUCCCCAGCCCUUGAAAACACAAGUAUGUAAUAACAAAUAAGCAAAAUUGUGUUGACCUCCUUAAAGAGGGGAGAAAAUCAAAGGCAUAUCAUUUUCCAUCUCUCUUAAUUUCUUAAACUGUUCAGUUUCUAUCAUACUCCAUCCACAGAAUAUUUCAUGCCCCAAAAAUUGAAAGAUUAAUAUAUUGGAGGUUUCUGGAUUUACUUAAUUUUUCUACCUCUCCAUCACUUUCAUCACUGAUACUUUUUUUUUUUAUUCAAAGUUAAUGAAUGACAGAGCGAGCAUGGGCCUGACUCCGAUCUCUCUCAUGUAGCUAGUUAAACGACAGAAGUGUGUCUUCCAGUCCUCAUGGAGUUAUGCAGGCAAAACUGGAAAAGUGUUCUGGGUUAUAAAAAAGCUAUUUUAAUCCAUUCUGAUCUCUGGAGAAUAUCUUUCUGAUGUACUUCCCACUGAAUUUUCAAGAGUUUAGGAUUAAUACCUUGGCCAGAGUUUCAAAAGAACUCAUUUCCUACUGAAGCACUAGAGUAAGCAGUUUGAUUUUUCAAAAGAGCACUAACAGCCAAAAUCUUUAGAUAAUCCAGUGUUGGUAUCACCAAGUGUCACCACUGAAUUUUUUUUUCAGCCCAGCACCAUUAGGAGCACUGAGCAUUUGAACACCGGGAUCCUAAGCGCUCUUUUUGAGAUGAUGCUCUUCUUGUUGGAUUAAACAGUGACAAUUUUUCAGUGUUAGAUACUGUCACUGUGUGAACUUUAUCUCCACGAAUCGUAUACUCUUCCUCCCUAGCGGUACAGCAGUAAUUUGGACAGACUGUUGAUGGGGCUGAGGGGAAAAGAGCUGAGAGUUCUGUCAGUUUUAGAGUAGCAGAAGUGAUUUAGAUACAAGCUAUGCCUGGAGUGGGGAUGAUUUUUUAAUUGUUUGUUUUUUUUUUUAUCUUGGAGAAAAAAAAAUCUCUUUUGAUAGUUUCAGUUUAGUGCUCGUUUUGAGAAACAGAAUCACAGUCCUUCGUUUUACUGGAAAGCUUUGUAGUACCCAAACACUCCGUGCAGGAAACGUGCCUUCAAGGUAAGCAUACAUUUACUCCCUGAAGCUAUUCCCACUUUCAGCCUUCUUUCCAUUUCUCAUUAUGGUUUUGUUUCAUUUUUGUACUGUGGUAAGACUUGAGGUAUUGCAGGGAAUUUUGCCUAGAAAAAUAAACAGUCUUUGAUCACAAGGGUAAAGAUGAAAAACAUCUCCGUGCAGCUGAGCUUAUUCUAGUGAGUGCCUCUGACAUUUAUUGCCUGUGGACACUCUGCUAGCAAAGGCAAAUGGGCAAAUUCAGCUGAGAAUUGCUCUGACUGACUGAUGUGAUUUUUAUCCUUUAUUUUAUUUAGACUCAAAUUUAGUCAUCCUAUGAAGGAGACAGAUUUUAGGUUCUCCAUUUUAGCAGUAUCGUAAGAAACAUUGCAGAAAUAACUUACCUUUUCUGGUGGGUUGCUGGCUGACAUAUUUCCUUGACAGGACAUGCAAGACCUGUUGGUCUAUCUGUCCACAUGACUUAGUAGCUGCUAAAACUCCCUUUUGAUCAGUCACCCCGCAGGACAGAGAGCAAUUGCAUGCAAAAGAGCAUGAAAGCAGGAGGAGAAGGUAUACAAAGUUCAGCCUGGAGGUACUGAACUCUGCUGCUUGCAUGAAACUCUCAGUAAUUUCCGUGGCCCUUGAGCACACACAAACUAAUCAAGCCCUUGAUAGGUCACCUCUGUUCCAGAGGCUGAAAAAUUCCUUUUAGUGGCUCUUAGCAGCUCAUGUUUACAGCUGUACUCAUCUCCAGAACUGUCCAGUGCAGGAAUCUGCAGCACACGGAGAUCACUUACGGGAGAAGUACCUCCCCUCUGCUGCCACUGAAGUUAAAUCUACAUCAUGAGUUUGUUGAGAUAAGAAAUUUUGUACGAUAACAGGCAUAGCUGUUCCUAGCCUCCCUGUUUUGUUCAGCCACCCACCCAUCUAUCCUUCCAUCCAUCCAUCCAUCCAUCCGUCCUCCCCUCCCUCCCUCUCUCUUUCCUGUACUUGCGAUUCAUUCUUUGCACUAUUGACAUCGGUUGAUUUGAUGAUUAUUUUGUAACAUGUUCCUACCUUUUCGUUUUGUAAAAUAAGAAAGUCUAUACACUGGCUCACUUUGUAGAAGUGGUUUAUGUUUUUUUCUUUUAUCAGUUGAAAUGGGAUGUCAUGUUUUGUUUGAACUGUGGGAAAACUUAAUAAAUGUUAAGAUAAAACGGUAUAUCCACA